AUGACUCACAGCAAUGCUUUGCUUCCUAUUCUGGAAACUAAUCUUGCACUUAAACUGUACCGAAACUUGUUUAUAAAUGCCUACGUAGUCUCAUACGGCAACUGUAGUUGUGCAGUUACACCUACAUGUUCAGCACCAUAUCCUAUCCUCAACGGGCUGAGUUCAAUAGUAUUGUAUAUUGUUCCAGGUAUGUAUGUUGGAUGUUAUCCUGUUGAGUCGUUGUUGCAAUCAGAUCUUCGAUGUUGGUAUAAUCAUUCGUGCAUAACUGAGGUACAAUCCUAUUUCACCGCGGCACCGCCAAUGAAUGUUACGGAGCUCAAUCCAAACGUAUCAACAGAGUUUAUGGUAAACUCAACUCUGGAAGAGAUUCUUGAUAAGUUAAUGGUUGAACAGUGGUAUCCAUCGAUUAUUUAUGAAAGCUAUUAUAAUGAAUGCGCUCCAUUGAAAUGUACUCACACAUAUGAAACGAGAAACAGUAUCAUUUACAUCAUUACUACGAUUAUCGGACUGAUUGGUGGAUUGAUGACAGUACUGAAGUUAAUUGUGCCACGUGUAGUCGGCAUUGUGAGGCGAAGACUACAAACAAGAACAUCAGAAGCAAAUAAUAACAGAAGAAACUGGAUGAAAAUGAAACCAAAUGAAAUCCAGCUCUUUUUGAAAAACUUCAAUAUAUUCUCAUCGAUUCCACCAACUGAAGAUCAAUACGAACUUCGCAACCAGCGUAUCUCUACACGAUUGUUCAUCGUCCUUCUCGCUCUCUCACUGACUAUUCUCAUACUCUACACAUCCCUCAUCAACAUCACUCAAACGGUUAAUGUUGACUCACCAACCAUGGCACAAUAUAUCCAAUUAUACUCUACCUAUCCACAAACACUAUCGUGUGAUUGCAGACAAAUAUCGAUCAACUACGACACAUUUGUGCACCUGAACUAUAGUCUACAUCAGAUCUGCAGUAGUGUUUUCGCUACCAAAGAUUGGAUCAAUUAUAUGCUACGUGCUCGUGGAAUAAGCUUCUACGGUAUUUAUUUUCCAUAUAAUGGUGAGAAUGCUUUUCAAGCAAUGGGAGCUUUUUGUGAUUUAAGUCAUCACACAAUCGAAAAUCGUCUAACUCAAUUCUAUUCAACGCAAUUGAUCAGUUCAUCCGUUAUACCUCCACAAUUAUUUGAAUUGCAAGUCGAAUCCCUCAUCUCUCAAUUCAUUUCAUUGGCAAUAAAUAAUUUUCUAUUAUCACUUUCCUCGACAAGACAGAUUACUCAAGGCAAUUCUUUGUUGUCCGGAUUACAAACUAAUUUCGUAUAUACAGUGUAUAAAAACCGCUACUUUAAUUCCUAUCCAGUCUCAUAUGGUAAUUGCAGUUGCGCGACCACAGGGAAAUGUGUAUCUGAAAUUCCAAUCUAUGACUUCGGAAACGGAACAAGAACAUUCGUUAUACCAGGUAUGUACGUUGGAUGCUACGUUGUUGAAUCCUUAUUGCAAUCAGAUCUUCGAUGUUUCUACAAUCAAACGUGUAUAAGUGAAGUUCUGUCUUCUCUGAAUGGAUCAACACUAAUGAACGUCACAGCGAUGGAUCCAAAUGUAUCAGUGGAGUUUAUGGUGAACUCAACUCUGGAAGAUAUCCUCGACAAGUUAAUGGUCGAACAAUGGUUUCCAUCAAUAACCUAUGAAAGCUAUUAUAGUGAAUGUGCUCCAUCGAAAUGUACUUACACUCACGAAACUAAGAACAGCAUUGUUUAUAUUGUUACCAUGAUCAUCGGACUGAUAGGAGGCUUAAUAACAGUGUUAAAGCAGACGGUACCGCGACUGGUUUCGUUUGUUGCCUUCUGUAUAACAAAAUACAGAAAUAAUCGUGUAGCGUCCACAGCGCGAACUUAA